AUGCCUCGUGCUCGGUAUAUGCGGGAGACCCCGUCCCCUGCUUCAUCGCGUCCUCUGCUUCAGGGAGAUAAGGACGCGGGAAAGUCUGGCAGGAAAUCAUCCUUAACGAACUCAUUCCAUCACUUUGCUCGAGCUGCGUUCCAGCCACUGAUCCGUCGUCAGCCAGACGAAGCAGAAGGUGAUGUGAAGCCCAUCGUUGCUGGCGCGGCAGCAUCCCGAGCAGCUACUAGGAGUAGCUCACUUCCGGUCCGUUCCCAGGGCACUCUUAACUCGAAACAAUCCUUUGGAUUCCAGCCUGCUGGAGUGAAGUCUCCUGAGCCCCCUUUACCUCCGCUACCAAAGUACUUGGCUCGUGGAACGACUUCCAACAUCCCAAAGCCAGUCCAGCCUGCUGCUAAUACUACUCUGCGCUGGCCAUUGUCAGACGAUGAUAAGAAGGAGAAUUGUGCACCUUCUGAGCCAGGCGUAAAGCCUUUCAUUGGGUAUCAGGACUUGAAGGCCUUGCGGGGAGCUGCUAAUGUGAAAGGAAAAGAAGCCAAGGGCCACGAGACCCCUUUGAAUCCUUCACCUGAUUCUGAUACCUCGUCUCAGGCCACAGUCAAGGCAACUUACGGGCCUGGUCUUCUGCUCCCCAAGUCUGCUGCCCGCUACUUCCCAUGGCCGGAGAGUAUCGCAGCCCAAAAGGCGGCCGGCCGUUCACUCUAUGCACUUGCUGAUGAUGAAGGAUACAACGAGAAUACCACGCAAAUGCCACAGGAAAUGCAGAGAACAAUCGAUGAGUGCGAAAAGGGGUCCGUUGAAGCAUUCAGCCGCAAGCCUAAUCUCGUUCGUCCACGCCAACUCCCUAAGAGCAAGACUAUGGGGGCCAUUCAUCAAAAGUCAGAUUUCGAGCCUGAGCCUCCAAUGUACCCAAUUCGUGAAGGAGCCCAGUGUUACUGCGAGGAUCCUCAUGCAGACACCUUGUCUGUUGAUAAGUUCGGGCGUGUUUCUCAGCGCAGCGCCUCCAUCGAAACCCCAGCUUCCAGUGACACCAUUGAUAUCAAAGUAGUCAAAAUCGCGAAGCCAUACGGUUACUGGCUCGGAAGACUCGUCACCUUGACAAACAGUUUCCGCUACGAAGGAGCGUUCAACAAGCCUGAUCCUUUCACUGGGUAUGGGAUCCCAGGCAACACCCUCGAAGGAAAAGCUUCCAUGUCCGUCAACCUGGAAGAUUACCAUAUCAAGCGCGCCUUCAUGGUCUUGGAGAGAGCCUGUCUCACGUCUGAAGCGAGUGCCAGCUUGGCCGAAUUCAAAGAAGCCUACUCCAGACGUUUUGGGCGUAAAUUCUCCCAGCGUUUUGCCACGGAGAUUGAGAAGGGCUGCCCAAAGUCCGAAAAGGCUGGUGGAAAGGGCGAAGCCGGUGUCAUGGAUAUUCUUCGCUCUGUCAGAAAGAGCUUCGGCUAG